AAGGUGGCAGUUCAUAAAACGGCAGCGAUACUCCGCCUACUGCGGGCAUAUGUAAUUUUUCCUUUUUUUCCCUUUUUUUUUUUUUGUGAUGAAAUGAAAACUUUUCAUUAUUAAAUGAUUAACAAGUAAAACUGGAAAACUUAAAAUUAUGUGCUUUAAUUUUGACAAAAGUUCACUUGAUCAAAUAUAAUUUCCCAUCCUCUGCAAUCCAUUUGAGAUACACUUCGCAGUUAAUCAUUUUACCAAAAUUAAUGUAGAGUUUGUAUCAAUGGAUAAUGCAAAAAAUGAAAAUACUGAUAAUUGCUCCAAUCCCUUGUCCUUACGCACAAAUGAUUUAAAAUUAGAAGAACGUGAUGAUAAACCAAGAGAACAUGAGUCCACUGAUGACAAUCAUGAAGGUCUUGUAAACCAAAAUGGCAUUUACAGAACAGCUGUUUUUAAUAACAAGAGAAUUAAAAUUUAUCAAUACAAAACCUUUCCAAAAAAUUAUCUGCAAAGCGUAUACGAAUUGUUGGGGAGUGAAUUAUCUGAACCAUAUAACAUUUUUUUGCUUAAANCGAUUUUGAAUAGCGAAAUUGCACUAAUGUGCUUAUGUGAUGAAGAGUGUAUGGGAACAGUAAUAAGCAAAAUUACGACAAAAUGUAAAAAUGAUGAACCAACGACAUUCGGAUAUAUAUGUAAAAGGAAAAAGCAAAAAUACAUAAAAUUAGCGUGCAACAUUGUUUCUACUAGCUCUACACAUGAGUGUGCAUCUAUCCAUGAAAAAUUCGAUUUGUUCCACUUUUUUUUCUUUUCACUAUCUAUAAAUGUUAACAGGCAUGAUAGCAGUUCACAAAUCUGUCAGAAGCUGUGGUCUAGCAUUCUGCGAAAUCAUAAACACGAAAAUUUCCCAUUUUUAGGCACAUACCUAUUAAAUGAAAGUAUAAAAUUAAUGCAAGAUUUGUAUGGCAUAAAUGAGGUUCAACUGGAAGCAGAAGCAACGAACAAGCCUACAUUACGUUUCUAUGAAAAAAAUGGAUUCAUUAGAGUGAAAAGGAAGCCCUACUAUUACUUAAGCGGCGUUGACGCCUUCAAAUUAAGGAAAAAAAUAUAG